GCUGACGUCACGCUGUCGGGUUAUGGUUGGUCAGAGCAGUGUCUGACGUCAUCUCAUGUCACCAAUCAGGGUUGAAGGCAGCGCGGAUGGAGGAGAAUUAGGAGUGAGGGUCGGGGACGCGGGGGAUCCGCUCGGCAGAACUUUGUGCUCUUUGUAUCCGGUACCGGAGAAAUGAUCGCGAUACUCUGGGUUCCACCAUCUGCGAUUGGGAUAUGGGCUGUUCUCCUCCCCUGGGACUGACCAUCAGGCUGUUCUCCUCCCCUGGCUCCAUGUGUGGGGGAAUAGGAUCAGACUGCAGCCACUGAAGGACAUACUGGAGAUACUGGAGAUACUGGAGAUACUGGAGAUAAAGGAGAUACUGGAGAUAAAGGAGAUAAAGGAGAUAAAGGAGAUAAAGGAGAUACUGGAGAUAAAGGAGAUAAAGGAGAUACUGGAGAUAGAGGAGUCGUCGGUGCAGACAGGACUGGAGCAGAGGAAAUAAUGGGGGAAAUAAUGGGGGCGAGUGUCUGGGAAUAGUGAGGAUUCAGCAGAGGGACAUGGACACAGGGGGGUGCUCAGUACAAGAGCGGCUGUAAGAUGGACUCGGCAAGCUCCAUGUUCCUGUUCAUCAGCUGCCCCCUUCUUCUCUGUCUGGCCCUGGGGUCCCAAGGGUGCCCGGCCGAGUGUCGUUGUUACAGUAUGACAGUGGAGUGCGGCUCCAAGCAACUAAAGACUGUUCCCUCCACUAUCCCUCCCUCCACUCAGACGGUGUUUCUACAGGACAAUGUCAUCAGCCAGAUCCAACAGCAGGACCUGUCCCAUCUCUCGGGCCUCCAGUACCUCUACCUACAGAACAACACUAUCUCUGCCCUGGAACCUGGAGCCUUCAAAUCCCAGCAGCACCUGCUAGAACUGGCCCUUAAUGGAAACCGGAUCCACCUCAUCAACAGCAGCAUCUUCAAAGGACUGGAGCACCUCCGGGUUCUGUACCUCGCAGGGAACCAGAUCACUCGCCUGUUGGCCUACACCUUCUCUGACCUGCAGAGGCUGCAGGAGUUGCACUUGCAAGAGAACAGCAUUGAGACCCUACAGGAACAGGCUUUCUCUGGACUCUCCUCCCUGGCGUUGCUGGACCUCAGCAAGAACAAUAUGCGCACCAUUAGCCGCUCCUCCCUGCGCCCCCUAAUCAGUCUCCAGGUGCUGAGACUCACAGAAAACCCUUGGAGAUGUGACUGUGCCCUCCACUGGCUCAGAGCGUGGAUAAAAGAUGAAGGGCAAAGACUUCUCAGUUCCCUGGACAAAAAGAUCAUUUGCUCAGAGCCCCCCAGGCUGCUGCACCAAAGCUUGGUGGAUAUUUCUGGCAACAGUCUGGUUUGUAUUCCUCCCAUGGUCCUUGUGGAGCCCAUGGAGAUGACAGCCCGUCUUGGUGAAGAGCUGAGGGUCAGCUGCAGAGCUACCGGAUACCCACAACCCCUGGUUACUUGGAGAAAAGUCGCUCAUGCUCGCACCAGUCCCCCCAAAGUCAACUUGAAGUCCACCAGCAGCAGGAAGUUUGAGCUGAGUGAAAGGAGUGUAGGGGAGCAGUUUGAUGCAGCCACUGGCAGUGGAAUGCUCUUCCUCAACAAUAUAACCGUGUCCCAUGCUGGAAAAUAUGAAUGUGUGGCCUCCAAUCCCGGUGGGACGGCAAAGGUUCUAUUUCACUUGGCAGUCAACCUUUCCAAUCAGCAGUCUCGCACGUACACUUCUGUAGACAUUAGCCAAGAGCCACUGUAUGACUUGGAAAGCAUGGAGUUCACUGCAUUGAGUAUGGCAACUCAGACCACCAUCGCCAUUGGAAUUUCUUUGCUGGCUCUCACGGCCAUGCUACUUAUUGUCAUGAUCUACAGAAAGCACCACAAGAGAAAAAAAGCCAAGAAAGAAGAGAACAUCUUAUAUGUCAACGACUACUCUGAUGGCCCAACCACCUUCGCCCAACUGGAAGAGUACAGGGAUGAGCGAGGGCAUGAGAUGUUUGUCAUAGACCGGAACAAGUCCCAUUUCCCUACGUACAAAGACACAGAAGGACUCAGCAGUAUUUCUGGACUCUCCGAUCUCGACGAACAGCUCCAAGACCAAGGGACCCAAACCCCGGAGGUCGAGGCAGAGAGUCAAAUCAAUGAUAUUUUCAUGAACCAAGGUUUCCUCUUCCAGCAGCAAAUUGCCUACGAAAUCCACUGCUAAGAGGAACCAGUGGCACCAUAAACUGAUAAGACUUGGAGUUUUAAUACUAAUUGGGGUUUUAUAGACUUAACUAAGAGUCCGGCAGCAUCAGUGUCUCCAGCUUCUUCUUCUCCAUUCUCAUUCCUUCUGCAUCUCCAGAAUAAAAACUCAUCACAAAACUCAA